AUGGAAACCCAAAAUAACAGCACAGAAAACCCAGAAAACGAAACCAACAGCGCCUUCUAUCACCGUGGACACAAUGCCGAAAGUGUAUCCGAAUAUUCAUAUAAAAUUCGUGAUGAUACCGUAAAUCCAAGGGAAUUUCUAGGAACGGAUAAUGAAACUACGACUACUAUUAAUGAUAACUCUGAAUUAAAAAAAGUCUCUACACUGAAUAUUAUAAAUAAGACAAAAGAAACAA